UGUGUGUGGGGGAAGAGGUGGGGGUGGGGAGAAGUGGGAAAGGGAUGGCCAAAGACAUUUGUGGGAGGGAAGCAGGAGGGACCACACCUAGGGACAGGGAGGAGUCAGGAACCUGGGAACUCAGCCAGCUGGGAGGAUCAAAUUUCAAAUUCCUCUGCUUUGAACUCUGAGAUAGGGACCUGUAGUCACAGGAAGUCUGAGGAGGGAGAAAUCCCCAGGGGAAGACACAGCCACUGCACCUACCUUCUGGGAAAGGCCUGCAGGCAGCAGAACUAGGAGCCAGCUCCUUCAGGGCCCUCACCUGCCCACCCUUCCUUGCCCCUCGGUGCCUGCCAGGAGAACCGGAGAGGGAGAGAAGACGAUGGAGCCAGACGGGACUCAGAUAAAGCUUGACCCCAGGUACACGGCAGAUCUUCUGGAAAUACUGAAAACUAAUUACAGCAUCCCCGCUGCCUGCUUCUCUCACCCUCCCACUGCAGCCCAACUUCUGAGAGCAUUGGGCCCUGUGGAAAUUUCCCUCAUGGUCGUCAUGACCUUGCUUGUCCUGGGCUCAAUCGCCAUCUACCUGGAGGAUGCUGUCUACCUGUACAAGAACACCCGUUGCCCCAUCAAAAGGCGGACUCUGCUCUGGAGCAGCUCUGCACCCACGGUGGUGUCUAUGUUCUGCUGCAUCGGUCUCUGGAUUCCUCGUUCCCUCAUGCUCAUAGAAAUGGCCAUAACCUCGUUUUACGCCGUGUGCUUUUACCUGGUGAUGCAGGUCAUGGUGGAAGGCUUUGGUGGGAAGCAGGCAGUAGUAAGGACAUUGAAGGACACCCCGAUGAUGAUCCACACAGGCCCCUGCUGCUGCUGCUGCCCCUGCUGCCCCCGACUCAUGCUCACCACGAAGAAACUUCAGCUGCUGAUGUUGGGCCCAUUCCAGUAUGCCUUCUUCAAGAUAACACUGUGUCUGGUGGGCCUGUUUCUCAUCCCUGAUGGCAUCUAUGACCCAGCAGACAUUUCUGAGAAGAGCACAGCUCUAUGGAUCAACACUUUCCUUGGCGUGUCCACCCUGUUGGCUCUCUGGGCCCUGGGCAUCGUUUUCCGUCAAGCCAGGCUGCACCUGGGUGAGCAGAACAUGGGAGCCAAAUUUGCUAUGUUCCAGGUGCUCCUCAUCCUGACUGCCCUGCAGCCAGCCAUCUUCUCAGUCUUGGCCAAUGGCGGGCAGAUUGCUUGUUCGCCUCCCUUUUCCUCUAAAAUCAGGUCUCAAGUGAUGAAUUGCCACCUACUCAUACCGGAGACUUUUCUGAUAACUGUGCUGACACGAAUGUACUACAGAAGGAAAGAUGACAAGGUUGGAUAUGAACCUUUCUCUUCUCCACACCUGGAUUUGAACCUCAAAGCUUGAGGUGGAUGGCUUGGACAAUGAAAGAGACACUGUACUCAUGAGACAGGCACAAGAUUUCUUCACUGUCCCUCAACCUUGAAAAAAUGGGGAAGGAUUCCAUAGUCAAUACACGCUGGCCGAUUAUAUUUGACUAUAGAGAUGAAGGUGAAUUAUGUAAUAGGAUGAAAUUGUUUUUGAUCUUGCCUUUCAAGGUAUUUUAAGUUUUAUAAUAGACAAACAGAAUGAAGUCUGAAACUAUAACUGGACACUUUGCCCCUGUGGGUGCCACUACUAGCCCUUAAAGCUUGUGUAUUGAAAGGUCACUCUGAGUUUUCUCAAAGCAAAUGAAAGAGGGGAAGAGUACAUGGUAGUGUGGUAUUAGGAAAGGAGUAGAAGGAGUAGAACUCAGCCAGUCAAAGACAGUACAAGCCCAAAGUCUCAAAGAAGCCAGGCUUCUGAAAAAAAUAGAUCAAGAUGUCCUUUCCCUUACAUACGUGUCAGUAGGGCACUGAUGACAUCAGAACUGGGAGAGCAGGGUCAGCCUCCCUUUGUAAGACGAUGGCUUUUUGAGUCUCUGUGUCAAGCUGCAAAAGGAAUCCCCCAAUUGAUUUUGAGGAAAUAAAUUAGGAUGCAAAAGUAAUGGAACUGAGAGUAUAGGUAAAAGCCCCCAAGACAUAAAAUGUAUCAUACCCAUGUAUAUCAGGUCAAAAACACAAAAAAUAAAACAUUAGGUAAAACCA